AUGCUUUGGUUGGUUGUCAUCAUACCUUGGUUGAAUUGGAGGAUGAGGAAGUACUUGGUUAAUGCUUUAAUUUGGGUUGGGUGCACCCACCCACCCGGUGUCAUUCUAAGAAAUGCCUUUUUGGUAUGUGGUGGGUGGUGCAGUGUGCCGUUGGAACGGUGGACCAAAAUACUUGGUGGGGUCGGUGAAUGCAAGUCGAUAGGAAAGGGUAAUAAAGGGGAGGGACGAAUCAAAGCGACAAGGGCUGAAUCUCAGUGGAUCGUGGCAGCAAGGCCACUCUGCCACUUACAAUACCCCGUCGCGUAUUUAAGUCGUCUGCAAAGGAUUCUACCCGCCGUCCAAUGGAAAUUGCGCUUCAAGGCGUCCCGCAAGGCUGAUCCGCCUCACGAGGGUCACCCACGCGCACGUGCCUUCCGGGGGCCGAGGCCCCUCAUCGCUGGUCGGCAAGCGAACGACGGCGCACGCUGCCGCUUCUAG